UUAAAUAUUCAAGUACAUUCUUAAGCUCUGGGUAAUUCAUAAAUAAUAAAUUAGUAAAUUUCCUUUUGGAACCAUUCUCACAAUUUUUGAAAGGCGAGUUUUACCAUUUUAUCACCGCAAUUCGCUUGCUCCAGAAGUUCCUAAGUGGAAGCCUAAGUUAAAUAAGUGUUAGUUUAAAAUGCCUGAGUGAACCUAAGUUAUUCUUCUCUCAAGAUUAGUUAAGCAGUCGAGAUAAAAAAUGACGUAUUGGCUUCCACUGGAAUCAAAUCCUGAUGUUAUGAACAAGUUCCUCUACAAUCUCGGGGUUCCUAAGAAGUGGCAGAUUGUGGAUGUGUAUGGAUUGGACCCUGAUCUUCUUGCUGUGGUGCCUCAGCCAGUGCUGGCCUUGCUGCUGCUCUUCCCCAUCUCUGAGAAGUAUGAGCAGUAUUGUGCUGCACAGGAUGCUCAGAUCAAGGAGAAGGGACAGACUUUGUCCCCUGAGGUGUUCUACAUGAAACAGUUUGUGCAUAACGCUUGCGGAACUGUGGCUCUAGUGCACAGUGUUGCCAACAAUACGGACAAGAUUCAGCUGGAGGAUGGAGUUUUGAAGAAAUUUAUAGACGAUGGCAAGUCUCUGACGCCUGAGCAGAGAGGGGAGUUGCUGCAGAAUAACGAAGGAGUGUCUUCGGCUCAUCAGUCUCUCGCCCUAGAAGGACAGUCAGAGGCUCCGGACCCAAGUGAACCCGUCAACUUCCACUUCAUUGCUUUUGUCUGCAAAGAUGGUCAACUGUACGAGUUGGAUGGUAGAAGGUCAUUCCCGAUAAACCAUGGAGCUUCUUCACCUGAUACUCUCCUCGAGGAUGGAGUACGAGUCGUCCGAGAAUACAUGUCUCGUGAUCCAGACGACAUCCGCUUCACCGUCACAGCUCUGACCGGGGGAGCCGAGUGACCACAGAACACCUAAUAUACAAACAUGUUCCUUUGUAUUGUAUGUGUGUGAAUAGUCAAUAUUGAUCAUAUGUAAAACUCAGACUCUUUAAUUUCCAAAAGUAUUUUGUUUUCAGCCAAUAUAAUAUCAGCAAUGUAAAUAGAAUUGACACAUUAUUUAAACUAUUUUGUCCGAUUUCACAAGGAUACAGAUCUUUUUAGUUGAAACAGAGAUAUGAUAUAAAAUACAAUGAUUUUUUUUUAAAUUACCAUACCAUUUAUAAAAAAGGUAAUACCAUAUUUGUAAAAUUUAUUGAACUACGAAAGUGAACUAUUUUUAAGUACUAGGUAAAUAAAAGACUGAAAAUUUUCUUUAGGGUGAUAGGAUUGGUGUUUUUAGUUAAACAAAUAAUUUCAAACUUUUGGUCUCAUUGAUACCAAAUAAGAACUUUUGGAUUGUCACGGAGUUACAAUUUUAGAAGUAUUAUUUGAAUAGUUCAGAUUAAGUUGUUUAUUGAAAAAAAAUGUUGUCACAUAAUUUUAAAGUUUGAAUGGUAAGACCAUUGAUAUGAUCAUAAAUCACCUUACUUCUAGCUUGUCAUUGUUUAUUAACAGCUUUAACUUCCCCUCUAACCGUGCCUUUGGCUUAGUGUGAAACUGCUUCGACGGUUGGUUUCAGAUAAGUAUACAGGUGCAAGAUAAUGUGCCUCUUAUGAUAUGUAAUGUGAUGUACUCUGGCAUUUAUUAAAUAUUUAUACAACCUA